AUGGGUUGUCAAGGAUCGACUAAUAAUAAAGAGAAUAGGAUUCUUAAGAUAAGAAAGAACCCGAAGUUUAAAACUAAGUGUGAGAUUGAAGUGUUCCAGUCUUCUCACACUCUUACAAUCGAUGAGACUUCCAAUGGAGUUGUCUGUCAAACCAAAGAAGGUAAAACUUUCUUGCCUGGCCAGAAGAAGGAUUACAAAAUAGUCACAGAAUACGGCACCUCCAAAGUGUUUAUUCAAAGCGAAGCAGCUGAGCCAAUGGUCAGAGAAAUCCAGGCUAAGAUUCAAGAAAAAGAGAAAACCAAAUAAAGAAACAGAACUCAAAAUGAAAUCAGAAGAGGUAUUUGAUCCUAAGAAAGAAGUGAUUAUCAAAGAUAUUCAGAAAGUGAUCAGUGACUACAGGAGGGUGCUUGAGAUUUUGAUUAAUGAAGACUGAGAAGUCAAUGAAGAUAAGGAUUUAAUUAAUCAAGUAAAUAAAAAUAAGACAACACAAGAAAGUAUGCCUACUAACAGGAAGAAAAAUUACAUAAUAAAUCAAAAUGAAGAACAGAAAAAUGAUUCGUCUCAAAACACCGAAGAACCUAAAACUGAAUCCGUACCUGCAGUAUCUUUGAAGAACCUAGCAAACUGGCUUAGCAAGUAUAAUGAAGAGCAUUCGAAGAGGUUAUUGAGAGAGCAGUGGUUGAACCUAUGGGGUCAUAUGAAAGGUUGCGAUUACUUUAAAUUUUUUAAGAGGUUUCUUGAUUUCUUGGAUGGCUCCAGAUGAUUGAGGGUACCAGAUUUAAAGAUUAUGUGGGUUGCUAUACAUCUGAAGAUACUCCCUUUGUUCAAGAUAUUUUGAGCAAAGCAUCUUCCUAAUAAAGUUGAUUGAUUUUCACUAUCAUGUGGGAAAAAAGAAAUUGAUCCAAAGAAGAAUGACAUCAAACCUUUCCUUCCAUCUAUUCUGUUGAUUAAGAAGUGAUCGCUGAUGGAACUUCAAUUAGGAAAGUUUGUGAUUUCAAAAGAGGACCUUAAGAAAAUUUUAGAAGGUUUUGCAUAUUUAUAGAUUCAGGAAGAAAUUUACAGAAGAUCAGUUUGUUCACUUGUGCCUUUGAAGCCAAGGACCUUGUCCUCUCAAUUACAUCUCCAUCUCUAGCUCACAUCUUCAUUAAGAGCUUAGGUUCUGACAAGUGUGACCACUGGGGAGACCAACUUGGACAAUUUGAAGGGUUAGUGAAAGCAGUGGCUGAAUCAAAACUGAGGAAGACUGUACAGACGUGGGAGCUUAUGAAGCCUGAGGCGGAGAUAAUCGAUGGUAUAAAAUCUACCUCAUCUGUCCAUUCUCCGUCGGUAACUCUGAUAAUCGACGACUCUCCUAUUAAUCUUACCUCCUCGAAGUAAACUUUUUGAGGUAAGCUAGGUGACACUUCUUCAGCAGAAAAGAAGGCGUAAAGAAGUAAAACUUUAAGUUAUGUUUUAAGUACAUGGACACAUUAUUUUUAGUAAUGGGAAUUG